GUGCCGGGCCGGGGCCAGGGCUGGUGGCCGCACCGUAGUAGCCGGGGCGGGUGGGAGCGCGGGCUCCGGGCCUCGGCCGUCACUCGCCCGCCGGCUCCGGCGGUUGGGCGGAGGAAGCGCGGGACUCCUCCUCCCCACCGUAUUAACAUGCACCCAGGGGCGGGUGACCAGCCCAGCCUCGCCGCCCCAGCCCGCCGCGUCCCGCCACUGAGCCUCCGCGCCAGAGGCGAGCGCUGCGCUCCGGGCGCCGCAAUCCCGAGGACCCGGCCUCUCCGACACCUCCGGCCCCGGGGAAUCGGCGGCAUCCGCAGCGGGAGCGGUCGCAGCCGCCUCAGCUCCUCUCUCGAGUCCUUCGCCUCGCGUCGCUGAGAGCCUGUCCCAGCCACGGGGACAUCUCUUUCGUCCUGCCUCCGAAGCUCGCGGGAACCGACGGACGGCCGCGGCGAGCGAGGGCCGGACUGCGGGCAGCGGCAAGGUGAAUGGUGCUGUUGAGCGCCUUCUGUGAGUACCACUUACACCUGUUCUGGGGAACACUUUCUCCAAAGGAUCAGCAAGCAUCCAGUUCAAUUCCAGAUUCAUGGGGUUGCUGCAGACCAGAUACUGCUUGUCUCACUAAGACAAGAGAAACCCUGAAUACUUACUUUUCUACUUACUGUAGAAAAAUAGCUGUGAUGUGGGAAAUCAUAUAAAACAGAAGCUGACACAUAAUGAACAGCUGAGCAUCACACGCCAAAAGGCAUAUAAAAAACAAAAGCUGUAAAGUUUGGAUCUUUUCCUGCGUUAGAAGCAAGAAAAAUGGAAAAUUGAUCAUCAAAGAUGAGCUACUUUGAUGCUGACCAGUGACCUGGAACUGCUCAUCUCUGCAGCAGGCCUCAGAAACUAGGUCGUUGCGGGAGACGGGUCUGGAACCACGCCCCCGGGUGUCCAUGACCCCCGUGGCUGUGCCCCGUCAGCGAUGAAAGGGUUAUCGGGCAGCCGCAGCCAUCAUCACGGAGUCACCUGCGAUUCAGCCUGUGACUCGCUGUCGCACCACGCGGACCGCAAGCCAUACCUGCUGAGCCCAGUGGAGCACCACCCGGCCGACCACCCCUAUUACACUCAGCGGACCUCCUUCCAGGCCGAGUGUGUGGGCCCCUUCAGCGAUCCGCUGGCCAGCAGCACCUUCCCGCGGCGGCACUACACCUCGCAGCAGGAGCUGAAGGACGAGUGUGCCCUAGUGCCCCGCACCCUGGCCACCAAGGCCAACCGCAUCCCCGCCAACCUCCUGGACCAGUUUGAGAGGCAGCUGCCUCUCAGCCGGGAUGGCUACCACACUUUACAGUACAAGCGCACGGCCGUGGAGCACCGCAGCGACAGCCCCGGCCGCAUCCGCCACCUGGUCCACUCGGUCCAGAAGCUCUUCACCAAAUCGCACUCCCUGGAGGGGCCAUCCAAGGGCAGCGUCAACGGGGGCAAGGCCAGCCCGGACGAGACGCAGACCGUGAGGUACGGCAAGCGCAGCAAAAGCAAGGAGCGGCGCCCGGAGCCCAAGCCGCGCAACAACACAUCCCCGGGCUGGUGGAGUUCUGACGACAACCUCGACGGCGACAUGUGCAUCUACCACUCCCCCUCGGGUGUGAUGACCAUGGGCAGGUGCCCCGACCGCUCGGCCUCUCAGUACUUCAUGGAGGCCUACAACACCAUCAGCGAGCAGGCGGUGAAGGCCUCCCGGAGUAACAACGAUGUCAAAUGCUCCACCUGCGCCAACCUGCCCGUCACCCUAGACGCACCGCUGCUCAAGAAGAGUGCCUGGUCCUCCACACUGACCGUGAGUCGAGCCCGAGAGGUUUACCAGAAAGCCUCGGUCAACAUGGACCAGGCCAUGGUGAAGUCAGAGUCGUGUCAACAAGAACGUUCCUGCCAGUACCUUCAGGUCCCUCAGGAUGAAUGGACAGGGUACACCCCUCGAGGUAAAGAUGAUGAAAUCCCCUGCCGAAGAAUGCGGAGCGGCAGCUACAUCAAGGCCAUGGGAGAUGAAGACAGCGGUGACUCGGACACCAGCCCCAAGCCUUCUCCCAAAGUGGCUGCGCGAAGGGAAAGCUAUCUCAAGGCGACUCAGCCAUCCCUCACAGAACUCACCACUCUCAAGAUUUCCAAUGAGCACUCCCCCAAACUCCAGAUCCGGAGUCACAGUUACCUGAGGGCGGUCAGUGAGGUCUCCAUCAACCGAAGCCUCGACAGCCUUGACCCUGCGGGGCUGCUCACAUCCCCGAAGUUCCGCUCCAGGAACGAGAGCUACAUGCGCGCCAUGAGCACCAUCAGCCAGGUAAGCGAGAUGGAGGUGAACGGGCAGUUCGAGUCGGUCUGCGAGUCGGUGUUCAGCGAGCUGGAGUCGCAGGCGGUGGAGGCCCUGGACCUGCCGAUGCCUGGCUGCUUCCGCAUGCGGAGCCACAGCUAUGUGCGAGCCAUCGAGAAGGGCUGUUCGCAGGACGACGAGUGCGUGUCGCUGCGGUCCUCCUCCCCACCGCGCACCACCACCACCGUGAGGACCAUCCAGAGCAGCACGGGUGUCAUAAAACUGAGUUCUGCAGUUGAAGUGUCAUCUUGCAUUACAACAUAUAAGAAGACACCACCUCCAGUCCCACCCAGAACUACCACGAAACCUUUCAUUUCUAUCACAGCCCAGAGUAGCACAGAGUCAGCCCAGGACGCCUACAUGGACGGACAGGGCCAGCGAGGGGAUAUUAUCAGCCAGUCUGGACUGAGCAACUCCACGGAGAGCCUGGACAGUAUGAAGGCUCUGACAGCCGCCAUCGAGGCCGCCAAUGCCCAGAUCCAUGGCCCUGCGAGUCAACACAUGGGCAACAACGCCGCCACCAUCACCACCACCACCGCCAUGGCCACCGUCACUGCAGAAGACAGGAAGAAGGACCACUUCAAGAAAAACCGAUGCCUGUCCAUUGGGAUCCAGGUGGAUGAUGCUGAAGAACCUGACAAGACAGGGGGAAAUAAAGCACCCAGUAAGUUCCAGUCCGUAGGAGUGCAAGUAGAAGAAGAGAAAUGCUUCCGCAGGUUCACUCGCUCCAACAGUGUGACGACGGCUGUGCAGGCCGACCUGGACUUCCACGACAACCUGGAAAACUCUCUGGAGUCGAUAGAGGACAAUUCGUGCCCCGGCCCGGUGGCCAGACAGUUCUCCCGGGAUGCCAGCACCUCCACCGUCAGCAUCCAGGGCUCAGGAAACCAUUACCACGCCUGCGCGGUCGACGAGGACUUCGACGCGGACUUCGAUCCUUCCAUUCUGCCGCCCCCGGACCCCUGGAUUGAUUCAAUCACCGAAGACCCCCUGGAGGCCGUGCAGAGAUCAGUGUGCCACCGGGACGGCCACUGGUUUCUGAAGCUUCUCCAGGCGGAGCGGGACCGCAUGGAAGGCUGGUGCCAGCAGAUGGAGAGAGAAGAGCGGGAGAACAACCUUCCUGAGGAGAUUCUAGGGAAAAUCCGAACCGCAGUGGGCAGUGCCCAACUUCUUAUGGCCCAGAAAUUCUACCAGUUCAGAGAACUGUGUGAAGAAAACCUGAAUCCCAAUGCUCAUCCAAGGCCCACCUCUCAGGAUCUGGCGGGGUUCUGGGACAUGCUGCAGUUGUCCAUAGAAAACAUUAGUAUGAAAUUUGAUGAACUUCAUCAGUUAAAGGCCAAUAAUUGGAAACAGAUGGAUCCUCUUGACAAGAAGGAGCGAAGGGCCCCUCCUCCAGUGCCCAAGAAGCCGGCGAAGGGCCCCGCGCCGCUGAUCCGGGAGCGCUCGCUGGAGAGCUCGCAGCGCCAGGAGGCCCGCAAGCGCCUGAUGGCCGCCAAGCGCGCCGCGUCCGUCCGUCAGAACUCGGCCACCGAGAGCGCCGAGAGCAUCGAGAUCUACAUCCCCGAGGCGCAGACCCGGCUUUGAGGCCCCGGCCGCCGCGCCCCCGCCGCCGCCGCCGCCGCCGCCGCUGCCGCCUCCUCCCCGGCGCCUGCCCACCCGCGUAGACGCGGCCCCUCUCUAGGUCACCCGCCAUCCAUCCUCCGUCCUCCUCGAGCUAGUCCGUCCCUAGAUUCCAGCAAUAUCCAACCGUAGGGUAUCUCAGACAUCCAGGAUCCCGCCGGGGGUGGGGAAGGGGGGGGGUCCCUAGGGACCUCGCCGUCUUCCACGCGAAAGAAACUAGGGCUCCGAUCCCCUUGAUUUCCCAGACACGCUUCCUAUUUGGGGCGAGCAGAUUGGAGCGCUUGAUGUCCAGCCUCAGACAUCACACCCUGU